GUUUCUUUCUCACUGUCACCACUUUUGGUAAUUAGGGCACUGUUGCUCCGCCGAGAAGGAGGAGAAAAAAGGAAACACUUUAAGGAACAAAAAAGUUCGAUUCCGUCUAAUCUUCACAGCUACAUUGGUGACGUUUACUCUAUUUGAGGUUUCUGUUUCUGUAGGAGGUUUCUAAGUGUAGACAUUGGAAAAAAUGGGAAAGACUCCAAGUCCUGGUAAAUGGAUCAAGUCUCUUCUUGGGAUUAAGUCAUCAAAAUCGAGUUUGGAGAAAGGAACCGAUAAAUUGAGAUCUGCAAAGAAAGAAGAGCUUGUGGUGAAAGUGAAGGAUACUAAUAAUAAUGUCUCAACUUUACCUACCAAUCUCUCUCCGGUAGUUUCAUCACAAGAAGUUGCAGCUACACAAACUGUACUAGUCCCAGAUGCUGUAGUCCCUGAGAAGCAACCAAGCGGAGACAUUAAAGGCGAUGAUGAACCAAAUGCUAAUUUUGAGUCAAGGAAUGACACAGAAGAACUCAACGUCGAAGAAGAAGAUGCUACAAAGGCUAAAGGUAUCGUAAAGCUGCAAGCAGUUAUCCGUGGUCACUUGGUAAGAAGACAAGCUGUUGCUACCUACUCGUGCAUUUGGGGAGUUGUGAAGUUACAAGCUCUUGUCCGUGGGAAGAUAGCUAGAUCUUCAGACACCCGUGUUCAACUUCAGAAAACAAUACCGGUUCUUAAUGACUCUGAAACUCUGCAAGGAAGCACAUACAGUUGGCUUGAGGGUUCCACUAAGCUCUCCAUGAUUGAUAAGAUUCUAGUUUCCUCACCAACGGUAUUGCCUCUGAAGAUUCAGUAUGGUCCUGAGGAUCCUAACUCAGCCAAGGUGUGGCUUGAGCGCUGGACACAGUUGCAGGUUUGGGCUCCUGGUCCACUUGUGGUUAAGAGCCUGGUUCCGAAAUCUCAGGCAAAGAAGCGCAGUUUUCAAGCAGUUGAAGCAGACAAGGGAAAACUUAAGAGAGGUGUCCAGAAACCAUCAGGUGGUUUAAAUAAUGGAAGUAGCUCUAGCAGCAGACGUUCUACAGCUGAAAACGAUAAGCCUAAGAAAAGUGUGAGGAAGCCUUCCACGCUUGGUAAAGAGGUUUCAAAUGAUAAGCCUAAGCAGACGUCAAGAAAGAGUACAAGCGCCAUAAAGGAAGGGUCUUCAUUGGAGGUUAAGGAUGAUAAGCCUAGAAUUAGCCUCAAGAAGGCUUCACUUCCUAAUGGGGUUGAGAAACCUACACGCAAAUCCGCUGAGAAGAAGAAAGAGAUUGCAGAUUCAGUGCAGAAAGAAGUGCCUGGUGACAAGGUUUCAGCUUCUGUAGUUGAUACUCCUGAAGAAGAAGUGAAAGACAGCCCUGAAUCAGUUUCCAAAGAGGCUGAUCUCGACAAAGAUGAGAAAACACCUGUUCUGGAUACUCCAGAGCAAGAUGAACUCAAAACUGAUAAAGCGGAAGAAGAGAUACAAGAGGCAGACGUGCAUAUAAGCUCUGAGAACGGAAAUGCUGCUUCUGAGAACACAAAGCCAAGCGAUAGACGAGCUUCUCUACCUGCAAAGAUUGAAAAUCAUCAUCAAGACGAUGGGGUAGUAACACAUAGCGGGAGAAAGAUCCCAAGCUACAUGGCUCCAACUGCAUCUGCCAAGGCAAGAGUAAGAGGAGGACAACAAGGGUCUCCAAGGUUUGGUGGUCAAGAGAAGCCUGAGAAAAACGGAACCACAAGGCGCCACUCUCUUCCUCCUGCAGCCAAUGGUAAGCUGAGUGCAAUGUCUCCAAGAGUUCACAGACUUUUAAUAGCUUCAGCUAAAGGAUCAAUGAACAGUGACAGAUCUUUUUCUUCUUCCAAGGACAUUGGUGAUAAAUCGACCAAAGCUGAGUGGAAACGUUGA